GGUCAGCAAUUCAAAGUGACAGAAGGCCAAGAGCUUUUCGUCCACCAGUUAGAAGCCGCAUCAGGUGCAUCUGUUAGUUUCGAUCAGGUUUUCCUGGUAGAUAACAACGGAAGUGUACGUGUAGGCACGCCGGUAUUGAGCAAUGCCAAAGUUAAUGCCACUGUCAUAGGCAACCAAAAAGGUGACAAAGUAGUUGUCUUCAAAAAGAAGAGACGUAAAGGUUACCAAAAGAAAAAUGGUGUCGGUAGUUCGGAUAACGGACGUGAUAGUAAUAGUAAGAGACUAGGAGUUAAACUCUUCGGUGGUCAAUAUGCAAAAGCAGGAAAUAUCCUCGUGAGACAAAGAGGUACUAAAUUCCACGCAGGUGAAAACGCAUACUUAGGUAAAGAUUUUACCAUUCAUGCUAAUGUAGCAGGUAUUGUUACAUUUAGAAGAGGUAAAAACGAUAGAACU